UUGUUUCAGAUGGCUCGCACGAAGCAGACGGCGCGCAAGUCGACGGGCGGCAAGGCCCCGCGCAAGCAGCUGGCCACCAAGGCGGCCCGCAAGAGCGCGCCGGCCACCGGCGGCGUCAAGAAGCCGCACCGCUACCGGCCCGGCACGGUGGCCCUGCGCGAGAUCCGCCGCUACCAGAAGUCCACCGAGCUGCUCAUCCGCAAGCUGCCGUUCCAGCGGCUGGUGCGCGAGAUCGCGCAGGACUUCAAGACCGACCUGCGCUUCCAGAGCUCGGCCGUGAUGGCGCUGCAGGAGGCGUGCGAGGCCUACCUGGUGGGGCUCUUCGAGGACACCAACCUGUGCGCCAUCCACGCCAAGCGCGUCACCAUCAUGCCCAAGGACAUCCAGCUGGCGCGCCGCAUCCGCGGGGAGCGGGCGUAAUGCCGGCUUCUGGUUGAAAAAGGCUCUUUUCAGAGCCACCCACACUUUCUCUUAGAAGUACCUGUAACUUUUAAUUGCUUGGCGUAAUUGAGCCGCUAUGGAAAUAGUCUUUUACGGAUGUUUUUCAUGUUAGGUACCUGAGCGUUGCAUAUCCCUUUCUCCCAGUCCGUUCUAUUAAGUGAUUUGUCAUUGGAGUGGCGGUUUGUUGAAUAUAGAUCUAGUUAUUCACAACUUAGACCACUUUGACGUGCAUACAAGAAAUUGAGGACAAAGUAAGUUUUUAAUUGGCUUUGAGUUCUCCAGGGAGUUGUUUAAUGUUUAUUUUUUGAGAGACCGGGCGAGUGGUGGGGAGGCAGAGGGACACCCCAGAAUGAAACCGGCUCCUCCUGGCUCCGAGCUGUCAGCACAGGGCCUGCCGGGGCCCGAACUCGAGAACCCGGAGAUCCUGACCUGGGCGGAAGUCGGAGCUUAACCGACAGAACCACCCAGGCUCCAGGGCGUCUCAUCUGUAGUGCAAUUCUCUGAAGAGCUUCCACGGAUUCAUUGUUACCUGGUUGGGCUUUAAUAAAAGAGAACAUUUAGUUAUGAGUUUGUAGGAGCUCCUGACCAUCUCCUGUAAUUCCUGCCCUUGGUCCACUUAGCAUAAU